AUGAACGAGGACUUGAUCAACAGCGCCGUCCAGUUCCUUAAGGACCCGGGCGUGGCAAAUGCUCCGUUCACCAAGCGGGUGGAGUUCUUGGAGUCUAAAGGGUUGAACAACCAGGAGAUCGAGGCCGCGUUGCAACGAUACAACGCCGAACAGGGUCAGCUGACUCAAGUGGCAACCCAGCAACAGACUAACACCACCGCCAACACCCAAGCCCCGAUGCCGGUGGCGCAACCGGCGCCGCCCAUUGACUACUACGGUGCUCCUCCUCAGGUGCCUGAGCGUCUGUGGAAGGACUACUUUAUCAUGGCCACCGCCACCGCCGGUGUCACCUACGGGUUGUACCAGGUAUUCACCAAGUACUUGCUCCCGACCAUUGUGCCGCCCUCGCUUGAACUGAUUGAACUGGACAAGCAGAACAUCGAUGAAGAAUUUGCUAAGAUCGAUAAGCUUUUGGAGCAAUUGGCCGAGGACCAAGCGGCGAUGAAAGAAGCUAACGACACCAAGCUUAAAGAGGUGGACAUUGUCAUUGACAACGUCAACGACUUCUUGUCCAAAUACAACAAGGAUAAGCUCAAAUUUGACGACGACAUGCGGUUGAUGAAGCUUGAAAUCGACAACUUGAGCAACAGCAUCGAAAAGAACAUGGGUUUCACUAAGAACAACAUCAAGGACGAACUCCUGGACAUCAACGAGGAAUUGCAAAGUCUUAAGCAAUUGAUCAAGACCCGUGCUGAACAGCAACUGGGCCCUGCCCGUAAGAUCGCCCCCGUCUCGCUGAUCCCUCUGGCCCUGGAAAUUCUCAAGAAGAGCAUGGCCAACAAGAAGGCCACUCUGCCUACUCCGGCGGCGGCUCCCUCUGCGGCUGAGACCCUCAACAACAACAACUCCAAGGACGACAAGCCCGCUACCCCCGCUGCCGCCACCACCGAACCCAAGAGGGAAUCUUCUCCCGCUUUGUCGAAGCCUGUCACCGUAGGCAACGUCACUGCCGGCGGCAUUCCUGCUUGGCAAAUGCAGCACAAGACCCAGGAGGAAUUACUGGAAAAGGCUGAGUCGCCCGCUCCUGAAGAGGGCUCGUCGACGGCGGAGAAGCCUGGCAUUCCUUCGUGGCAAGUCAAUGCCACCGACAAGGAGGCUGACGCGAAAGUGAAGGACGCUUUAAAGAACGUCGGCGUGCCUGCCUGGCAAUUAAACGCCAGCGCCGGUAACUAG